AUGACAGAUCGCAAUAAUGACACAAGCUACUACCCCACCGUGGACUCACUGGAGAUGGGGCUGGAGUGCAAUCUCUUCACCGCGGUGCCGUACCUCCACGGCUUCCGCUUGUCGGAGCCCCAGGUCAUCUACCAACCACCAUCUGUGGUAGCACUGAGGGCGGCCGGCGCGAUUCCUGGUGCGCAGCUUGUGGAGUCACACAGCCGGCUGCCGACUAUUACUCUCUCCGUCGAGGCGGGCCCACAUAAGGGGAACUUCCGUGAGUGCUCUUCCACCACCGUGGUCGGCUACCUACGAGCACCAGAACGAGAGGGACUUGAGGCCAUUGCGGAGGAGUUGCAGCGCGGUGUAAACGGAACGAGCGAUCAGGAUUACUGGAGUGAGGAGUACUGGAGAUCGCUGCAGUCAGAGGCACCGGUGGGUGCGGAGAGCAUGUCGCACUGUUCAAGCUUUGCGACUCCGAAGGAGUCAUUCUGUAUUCCUUUGACAUCAGUAUCUAAUACGUUAUCAACGCAGCGCCGUCGGACACGGCCAAGGCGGCAAUAUGAUUUCUCAAGUCCAAACAAUCAUCAGAGUAAUCGUUCAGCUGUUCCAGUCGCGCGACCAUCUCUGUUGUCAUGCGACAAUACUAGCACCGUAGGCUCUUGGACGAAGACAUGUAAGAGGCUCCGUCCUUCGAAGUGUACAGAGAUGGGGCUGCGAAGGGAACGUGAUGCACGAGUUGGAGCGCGUCAGGCAAAUAUCCUAAAUCGACAGCGGCCAAGCACAGGAGCUAUAGCAGGUGGAAGGCCUAAACAGAUGACGCAACGCCCAUCUGCGGUGCAGACAGCUGUUCUACCCCCUCCGCAUGCCGCAACAGCCACCAAAAAGACAAAGCCCCAUUCUGUUGGAAGCAGAAGUGAUGUUGCCGCCGCAUCCACUCCUCCAGCUUCUCUGGCUGGGUCCGAAGGUGGGCAGCCCGACAGCGGUGCCAGCAAGGUAGCCGCCCUUGGCGUGAGUGUAUCCUCCGCCCCACGACUGAUUCUGCCGAGUGAGAAUACAGCUACCCGACCAAGUGAAACAGAGACACCAGUUGCUAUUUAUGCGACAAGUACUGCCUCUGUAGGACCAGUUCCUCGGCCGCUCACUGAAGCGUCUAGUAGUCUGGACGUCAGCAAGUACCUACCAGUGACAGCCAAGAUCGGUCUUAGUAGCACUCCAAAGCGGAUGUCAAUCUCAUCACAGCAGGGAGGAAAAGUAGGUACACAACCCGUUUUCAUUGACACCGUAAAGGCGUCUCGUAUGAGUGGCGCAAAUCAUGUCUCUCUUGCCCCUUCUGCCAGAAAAGGUGAAAGCAAAGUGCUGCCAGAGGAUACUGGAUAUACCAGAAUAGCGCCGGUAGACUCCAAAACGGAGUUGAAAUCUACGAAGGAAUCAACAGCGAAGUGCUGCGCAGUGAUGUGA